UCCUUGUUCUUCUGUGGAAGCCUUAAAGUUUUCACGGAAGGGGCACAUCCGGGACUAGAGUUUUUAUUCGGCCGAGCCCGCGUUACAUGUUAGUAUCAAACAUCUAUCCUGUCGUUGUUCGCUCCCAGCUGACAGAAGAGCCAUGGCUGACAGCAGAGAAACGGAGAAACAAGAAGGAGAGCAGGAGCCUCAGGGUGCCGUGGGUGGGGAAGAUGUCAUUGACGAUCCCAUCAUGGAGAUAGGAGCGGUGGUCCUCAGAGGGUACGUGAUCGAGCGCAUAAAUACGGAGGACCCUGUUCGGCAUGUCUCCUCUGAGGAUCUGGGAGGAAGGCCAAAUGAACAACAGGAUCCACAAAUCAAAGAAGUGGUGGAACAGCUGCUCAAGAUUGCAGAUGAGCUGAACAAGAACGCUGAGCUCCAACGACUCAUCAACCAGGUUCAGGGUAAUUGUGCUCAGGACAUCUUCAUGAAGGUAGCCAGGAGCAUCUUUGCUGACGGCAUCAACUGGGGUCGAGUGGUGGCUCUCUUCCAUCUGGCCUACAGACUCAUACACAGGGCACUGACCACCAACCAUCUAGAAAACAUCAGACUAGUCAUCAGCUGGGUUCUCCAGGUCAUCAGAGAGAGGCUCUACUCCUGGAUUGUUCAGCAGGGAGGCUGGGAAGGGGUGAUCAAUGGCAUUUCUCGGUGGAGGACAGUAGCCAUAGCAGCUUCAGUAGUAUUGGUGGCAACCUUUGUUUACUACAGGAGGACACGCUGAGAACAUCAGACCUCACACCCUCACAACCAGGGCUGCAGUCCCAGCCCCUGGAUAAACACACCGUAUUCAUUUUUGAUAGACAUUUUCUAGACAUGAAUAACAACCACUCCUCAGCCUCCAUCUUGUAAACCAGAGGAGGCCAAGCACUGUACAACGAGGGAGAACACCUCCUAUCUUCUCAGGUUUCCCAGAACAAAAAAAUGCAUGUACAAGGAGCUGUCUGCCGGGCCUCUCCAUCUGCCUUCACCAGCAACUAUUCCAUAUCCUCCAUGGAAUUACAAGAGCUGCAGCAGCACACCCUACGGCAGCAUUUCUGCCAACAGAUGAUGGUAUUUAUGAAUAAUGGAUGUAGCUGUACACAUCUUCACAUAGACCUGAGGACAUGACCCUACCUGAACCAGGUCUCAGGUCCACUCUUUCUAGUCCACAUAGGUUCUGAUUGGGGUCCAACUUAAAUUUCAGCAGGUCAGCAAAAUUUGGAUUGUACCUGAUGGGACAUGAAGAAGAGUCUGAUGACAUCAACAGCAUAUACUGCAUCGUAAGUCAGCCAAUCAAAAUUUAACAAAGUACUGACCUGGAUGUGCUGUAGCUUCAUCGCGUUAUCUUGCACCUGUGCCUUUAAGAAAAUUGUAUGUUGGCAAGAGGCGGCCAUGUUGGCUAUUUGCUGUGUAUCAGUUCAGAGGUUGCAUUUUUAAAACGUGAGCUGGAUAAUUUAACAAGGGCAAGUACUGUACACCAUCCUGAAGCAUACUGGAAGCAGAACAUCAGCAAACUGAGUGUGAACUACCUUUUGUUGACUGUUUUAAUUAACGGACAGGUCCAUGUUGAGUUCAGGUAGAUAAUCAAGUUAGACCUCUACUUAUCUGUCUCAGCAGACUUCAGAAGAGUUGCACAUUGGGAUGGGCUGGUCUAAGAAAUGAAUAAUUUCCCACUUUUUCUUUUAAUGAUACCCUUGUGUGAAAGUGUGCUGACUCAUGUAACAAUUACAUAGUUAAUGCCAUUAGUUUUAAUUAUUUCAACAUUUCUCUGAGAAAUCGUGUGUUUAUCAGUUAGCAGUGAGCCUCACCCUCAGUUGCUAAGAAGUCAAUCAGACAUACUAAUUCGAAAUGCCUCGUUGUUGCAACAAACGAUACAUCACAGUGCCGAAUUCAUCGGAAAUUCACCCAGAAUCUUAGAACGAACUAGUUAAUGUAUUAUAAGUAUAAUCUUAAAAUUCAGCUUGCAAAAGAAUAUUAACUUGUUGUUGGGUGUUUCUCGCUGAAAUGUUUCUUUUUAACUCCCCUCCUUUAAAGGAUAGGUUCAACUCUGUCUUAAAACAAUAUUCAGGUACCCAUAUGAACACUGAAACAUGUUUUGCUUCCUCUCGAUAUUGGACUGAAACAGGUCCCCUCUUAAAACAGUUUGAGUGUAUGUGUUGCUGCUAUCCUUCCACUGCAGCCUGUGCAAGACUGUAAAUUUAGAUGAUACCCACUUGAUUUGUCUACCUUGGACUGCUGAAGCCUCGUAUUGAGAACUUCAAGUGAACGCUGGAAUGUAUUUUUACCCAGAGCAACUCUGUGUUCCACAUCUCUUCCAUUGGAAGCACAUUAGAAAGCGAUCUUUUAAUAGCCAGUAUGAACAGGAGGAAUGAUUACAACAACAAAACCUGUUUCAAUGACCAUUUGGUCACCUGACUAAUGCUUUAAGACAGACUUGAAAAUGUGAACCUAUCCUUUAAGUUUUUAUGUACACAGUACUGUACCUUUGAGUUUUUACCAAAGAAGCAGUGUGGUGGUUUGGUGAAUUCUCCUAUUUUAGACAGUGAAAUAGUCACUUCAUUGCUGGUGUUUACAGAGGGUCAUUUUAUUAGCUAAUUAACUAUUGUAUGUAUAACCAUCACUUUACUGUGAACACGUCUGAAUAGCACACUGGCUCAAGUAUCUAGCUAGUAGAUUCACGAUAACAUUAACAUCAUAUACUUUACUAGCAAAGGUAUAAAAAAGCUGUUUGUUCAAUGUUUGUGUCCCGGUUAACAAAAUGUGAAGACUUUUGUAAUGCUGUAGUGUGGAGAGGAGAAACAGGUUUUUGAAAACGAUGUAUCAUUCACAGACGUUGGCCAUACCAGCAGUGUUAAGCUCAUUUCUGUUGCCUCUGUCUUUCUGUGAUGAGCUCCCGGUUAUAUGUGACAAAUAUUGUCAGCCAACUGCAUGAAUAUAAAAUAGUGGUUUGACUGGAGAAGUCAAUGCAGCAGCCCAGAAACUGCUGCUAAGUCUGGUUAGCAGGUUUGUGACCCAGGAUCAAAUCAUUGUGUCAUGCAGUCCAAAUAAAUAGAAAGAUGUAAAUGAGAGCAACUUUAUUCUGUUUGACUUAAGUAAUAAACAAAAGGGCAAAGGCAACAGAACAAAUGUCAAGCUGCUGAUAGUGAAUGGAGGAGCCACCUAACAAUAGCACACCAUUUGGACAAUCAUACUCCUUUUUGUUUGACAACUGAAAGAAGAAGAGACUUAAAGUGCUCCUCCAUUCAAAAACAUGUUUUUCUUCUCGUUCCUUCAGUUGAAUGU